AUGGACGUGGACGUGGACGUGGACGUGGACGUGGACGUGGACGUGGACAUGGAGGUGGACGUGGACGUGGACGUGGACGUGGACGUGGAGGACGUGGACGUGGACGUGGACGUGGACGUGGAGGACGUGGACGUGGACAUGGACGUGAACGUGGACGUGGACGUGGACGUGGAGGACUUGGACGUGGACGUGGACGUGGACGUGGAGGACGUGGACGUGGACGUGGACGUGGACGUGGACGUGGACAUGGACGUGAACAUGGACGUGGACGUGGACGUGGAGGACUUGGACGUGGACGUGGACGUGGACGUGAACGUGGACGUGGACGUGGACGUGGAGGACUUGGACGUGGACGUGGACGUGGACGUGGACAUGGACGUGGACGUGGACGUGGACGUGGACGUGGACGUGGACGUGGACGUGGACGUGGAGGUGGACGUGGACGUGGACGUGGACCUGGACAUGGACGUGGACGUGGACGUGGACAUGGACGUGGACGUAGACAUGGUCGUGGACGUGGACAUGGACGUGGACAUGGACGUGGACGUGGACGUGGAGGACUUGGACUUGGAGAUGGACGUUGACGUGGACGUGGACGUGGACGUGGACGUGGACGUGGACGUGGACGUGACGUGGACGUGGACGUGGACGUGGACGGUGGACGUGGACGUGGACGUGGACGUGGACGUGGACAUGGACGUGGACGUGGACGUGGACGUGGACGUGGACGUGGACGUGGACGUGGACAUGGACGUGGACGUGGACGUGGACGUAGACGUGGACAUGGACGUGGAGUGGACGUGGACUUGGAGGUGGACGUGGAGGUGGACGUGGACGUGGACGUGGACGUGGAGGUGGACGUGGACAUGGACGUGGACGUGGACGUGGACGUGGACGUGGACGUGGACAUGGACGUGGACGUGGACGUGGACGUGGACGUGGAGAACUUGGACGUGGACAUGGACGUGA